AUGCACGCUUUGGUGAACGCCUUCAUGCGCUGCCUCUCCUUCCUCUUGCCUCCCUCUUGGCUUUGUGUCAGCUUUUGCUUGCGGAUUGGGAAUGAGUGCGAAGAGACGCUGCCGCGGCCCAAUCCCAGAGCUCGUUUCAAAAGCAGAAAGCCUCUUACAUAUGAGGAAGUAGCAGCGGCAGCAGUAGCAGCAGUAGAAGCACAAGGAGGCUCCAGCCCGUCGGUCUCACCAGGUCCAGGCUGCGUCUCGCUGGCUGCUACAAGCCCCGCUGCUCCUCAGGGCCCUCCGUUGGGUCGGAUCUGGAUCGGGGGUCUCUGGCGAGCCGUGGAGCGCGUCUUCGGAGCCCCCUGGGUGCUUCUCCGCCAUCACUGGUGCCCGUGGAAGCGUCGAGCAGCUUUACGCACCCCGUAUCCUGUCUGUGCCUUCGAGUCGAGCGAGAUUACAAGCUUCCAGGGAGGCGCUGCUGUUGCCGCUGCUGCUGCUACAACCGACCGAGGGAAGGCAGGGGGUGGAAGCACCUUGACUUAUCCGUGGAACAUGAGUGGGUCCGCAGGGAUCCCCAAACCGAACCCAGAGGAGUGCGCCUCGGAUGCGUCAGCUGAGCAGGGCAUCGAUGAGGUAAUCACCGUGGAUCAGCACUCGCAAGAGAUGGGCACGGUGACGAUAACAGUGGCUAUUCAAGCGGCAGAGGACGAGGAACCCGAAGAAUUUUCUUCCAACAAUAUUGACUUCCUCGGAGGCAGUUGUAGCGAGGAUGAAAUCGGAAGACACGACAAAUCGAGGUUUGAGUUAUUUGCCACUUUUAAGUUAAUUGGCUUAACAUUAAAUGAUGUGGUAACAAGAGUAAAUAAAAACUGCUUUCUGGCUCGUGAACCACUUUUACUUUCAUGAAUGUGUCAAAUGUGUUAGGUCCAUACAUUCAGAUCAACCGUUUCCCCCCAAAACACGAGGGUACAAAGUGGGAUCCGUAAGGCUGGAGGGUGAAUGACACGUUUUCCCCUCGCUGUCAAGGUUAUUGGAAGCCUACCAGACUAUUUCUGCGUCGGAUUUUUAUUGCUUCAGUAUUGGCCGGUUACCUCAAUUGGUGAACAGCCAGCACACGAGCAGAGCAGCUUUGGUUAUUGUUAGAUUGUUGCUUCUUCUUUUUUUUUUUUGUUUCACUGAAAGAAUGUCAGUGGUGUAGAAAGAAGCUGCA